AUAUUCCCAUCAAUAGUUGCUCUUCACAAACCCAAAGAAAACUCCACCACAGAACAACACACAGACACACUGCUUUUUUCCAACUCCACCAAACUCCCAAACCUCACACACUCUCUCUCUCUCUCUCUUAUCAUGGACAGCCCACCUACCGUUACCGUUCUGAACAAACCACCGCCACCUUUCCCAGCACCGCCGCGAAGCGUCGACUUCUCUGCCCUCGAAUUCAUCCUUGGCCUCAUCGCCGUCAUCACCAUCCCCGCUCUCGUCUACGCCUUCUUCUUCGCCAUCAAGUGCCCUUCCAACCCUUUCCGCCGGCGACCCCGCCGGACCUCCGCCACCGUCCCCAGCCCCACCCAACACGAACCCAACACCGAAAACAAAAACGACGUCAUUUCGGAGCUCAAGUACCAGAAGGAAACUCACUUUAAGGAAAUCGGAACUGAGUGCCCUGUUUGCUUGUCUCUGUUUGCUGACGGCGAAGAGGUCCGGCAGCUCUGCGUCUGCAAACACUCUUUCCACGCUCUGUGCAUAAACAUGUGGCUUAAGGAACACUCCAACUGCCCCAUUUGUCGAGCUUCGGUCGCCGUUGAUCGGAGUAGUAGUAAUAAUCGGACGGCGGGUGCUGCAGCUAGAGGUAGUGAUGAUCUGCAACAAGGUUUGCGUGAUGCUUCCGCCAUGGUUUGAAUAUUAAUUGUUUCUGGGUUUUGCUGGCUUAAUUCUUUCGCUCUUUUUCUCUUAAGUUAUUUCAAAAACUCGCCGACAAAAGUUGUAAACUUGCAGCUGGUAUUUUAUUAGCUUUUAGUGAUGAGAAUUAGGGUUUAAGAGAAAUGUAGAAACCAGUAGUUAAUAUAUGAUUUCUAUAAUUUGAAGACCCUUUGAAGUUUGAACUUUCAUAUUUUUCUGGGUAGCUGGAGGAUAUACAUAAUAUUUGGGGGUUAAGUUUGAGACUUGAAACUCAUACUGUUUGAGCUGGAUUACAGACCAGAUGAUUUUUAUUUGAAAUUUCAAUUACUAGUU